AUGAGACUAAACCCCUUCAGCCGGGCUGCGAAGCCUGAGGAUGACCUUGUCAGUGCACCUUCUGAAUCUGCUGCCAGUGCCGAGAAGGAGCACGAAAAAUUUGAAGCCACCUCAGAUGACGGCCUGGUCGCCGAGGAUGGCACCAUCCUGCUGGGACCUGAACCUACCGCAGAGGAGCUGGAAACCCUUCGCAUCGUUUCCGACACUCUGCCUCUUUCUGCAUGGUACGUCGCAAUUGUCGAGCUUGCUGAGCGUUUCACCUACUAUGGGUGCUCUGGUGUGUUCCAAAACUACAUGUCCCUAGACCGUGACGGCCCCGUUCAGCCCGGUGGACUUGGUCUUGGUACUUCUUCGGCCACAGCUCUUUCAUACUUUUUCCAGUUUUGGUGCUACAUCACUCCUAUCCCUGGUGGACUAAUCGCUGAUAUGUGGCUCGGAAAAUACUGGACUAUUUUCUGGUCUGCGUGUAUCUAUAUUAUUGGUAACUUGGUUCUCUUUGUUACAUCGUUGCCUUCUUCCAUUCGCGGCAACCACGCCGAGGGUGGUUACAUCGCCGCUAUUGUUAUCAUCGGUAUUGGUACCGGUGGUAUCAAGGCAAAUGUGUCCACUUUGAUCGCUGACCAGUACACUAAUACCCGUCAGUAUGUCAAGACCCUGAAGAGCGGUGAACGCGUCAUCGUUGAUCCUGCUGUCACAAUGCAGACCAUUUUCCAGAUCUUCUACAUGUGUAUCAACGUUGGUUCUCUUUCUGCCAUUGCCACUACUGAGUUAGAGCAUAAUGUCGACUUCUGGGCUGCGUUUUUGCUUCCUUUUGCCUUCUUCUUCGUCGCUAUUGUCGCCCUGUUCCUCGGACGCGGCAAGUACGUCCAGAAUACUCCCACCGGUUCGCCGGUGCCCCAUACGCUCAAAAUCUGCUGGGAGGGUAUCAAGAAUGGUUUCAAGAGCGAUGGCUACCGUACGCGUAUUUCUGAAAAGCACAAUCGGGGCAAGCUGUUUGAGUUUAUCACUUACCCCCUGCGCCCCGUCAAGCCAUUCUUUGGCCGUUUCAACUUGGAAGUCGCCAAACCUAGCCUCCGUGAGGAACUCAACCUUGCUCCUGUUCCCUGGAGUGAAACUUUUGUUGAGGAGGUCCGCCGUGCUCUCUACGGAUGCAAGGUGUUUGCUUUCUAUCCCAUCUACUGGGUUGUCUACGGUCAGAUGUUGAAUAACUUUGUUUCCCAGGCCGGCACUAUGGAUGUUCAUGCUAUUCCUAAUGAUAUUAUGCAGAACAUCGAUCCUAUUGCUGUUAUUAUUUUCGUUCCUUUGAUCAACAAGUUCUUCCUGCCCUUCCUGCGCAAGCUUGGUUUCCCCAUGCAUCCCGUCACUCGUAUUUUCUGGGGCUUCAUCAGUGUUUCGCUCGCCAUGGCUUAUGCUGCCAUUGUCCAGCAUAUCAUUUACAGCUCGCCUCCUUGCUUCCAGUGGCCUAUGGAGACCGACGAGACCAGUGAGCACUACUGCCCCACGUUUAACAAGGUCCAUGUUGCCGUUCAAACCCCUGCAUAUGUAUUCAUUGCUCUGUCGGAGAUUUUCGCCUCCGUCACUGGCCUCGAGUAUGCCUACACAAAGGCUCCUAUCACUAUGAAGUCAGUUAUCAUGUCUAUUUUCUUGGUCACUAACGCCAUUGGUGCCGCUCUGGGUAUUGCCAUUUCUCCCACUGCUAAGAACCCCAAGUUCAUGUGGAUGUACAUUGGUCUGUGCAUUGCGACUAUAAUUGCCGCUUGCGUUUUCUGGUGCGUCUAUUCUCAUUACAACAAGCUUGAGAAGCGAUUCCAGGAGAUUGAGGACUUGGCCAAGCAUGAGCAGCUGCACAACACUCUCAACUUCCCCCAGAACGACGAGCAUGUUUACGGCGACCGCAUGGGUGAGGAGGAGAUGGCCGCUGGCCUAGAUAUCAAGCCCAUUGCCUCCGUCGUGGGUGAGGCCAACAACUUCACUCCAUUGGAGGAGGCUAUUAUCACCACGGCGGCAGAGACCAAAUAA